AUGGCGACGCCCGACUCGGCAGCACCCGCUGCAGGCCAUCGCCGCCACAAGUCAUCUUUUGUGCUCAAGUCUAUCAUGACAUCCAAAAGUCAUAAACGCACGCCGUCCGAUGGCACUGCACUGAAGCAGGACCAGCUAGCCAACCCGUCAUAUCUGCCCGCGUUAAACCUGCAGGCCCCGCUGCUACCGCCAGACCACCCUCAUAGCCAAGUGGGCGCGGCCACUCGGACCCAGAAUAUUCCUACCAACCCACCUUCUCCUCGCAAGUCACAAGACAUCAGGUCGAGCCCGAAGAAGAGCCUACAUAAAAAGACACUCAGCUCCGUUUCAUUACGAUCCCUGGCAAAGAAGGAAGACAAGUCCACGGACAAGCAAUCUGCAGAAGCACGACGGGCACAGGAGCAAGAAGUGACGGCAGAGCGGCCGAAGAAGACCAAGUCUUCGACUAACCUAGCUGCCAUGUUUGGCAAGGGCAGAUCCAAGGACAACAAGCAGUCGCCAACCAAGGAGCCCCGAGACAAGGAGAACACAACACCACCACGCUCGGCAAAUGCAGCUGCCCCGCCACGCACUCCCAUUUGGUCGGAAUUUAGCUCGCAACAAGAGACCACAACCACAAGCAAGAUUCCGCUGAAUGAUCAGCGGCGGAGCAUCGAAGAAGAGAUCGCGCUGUAUACACCGCAAGACUACUCCCCUUCGAAGCAGCGCAACUUCUUCGACUACGGUCAACCCUCCUUGCAGAAGCGACCUAUCGUGAAAGAGCGUCCAAAGUCGAUGGUCGCCCCUAAAAACACCUCCACGACGUCGAUAUUCGAAACCUUCACCCGCAAGAAGAGCAACGACCGGGUGCCACUGUCGGAUACAAAAGGCAAUGAGGGCAGGUUGAAGGAGAGUGCUUCGUCCAAGAGCAUACCUGCGAGGCCUAUACUUAAGCGAGCUAGUACCGAUACCAGCAGGAAAGACAUAACAUUCAAGCCCGCAACGCAACCUGCUGUUGCAGCGAAGAAGCCAAAUAGAGUCAUGGCUGCUGUUGCUGCUUUCAAUGGCAAGUCUAAGCAGGUAGAUCCUGCCCCGCCAUCUCCCACCAAGCUAGAUUCCAACGUGGUGGAUGCCGAGUUCGAGGAAGUCCUUGAAUCUCGAAACAUCCCUACACAUCAGCGUGGUCAGAUGCGGACACUGAAACUUGAAGUCAAGGCCGAUUUUGUCCGCAUGCACAAGCUCGAUGUACCGCAAGCCUCAAGGACAACAUCAUCACAGUCGUCAAUUGCCGAAACAAAGUCAGUCCUCGCCAAGUCGUCCAAGUCGCGAUAUGGAUCUGCUGAGGAAGAGAACGAGUCAUCCUCAGUAGACAAAUCAGGUAAUAAUACCAAGCGGGAGCGCCCCCUGAGCAGGGCCUUUACAUUCAACCGAAGUGACUCCCCGACAAAGAAGCAGAAAGGCGAGUCGAACGAGCGCAAGGUAUCCUCGAAGUCGACUCCGAUCCCAAAGUCUCCUUCCACUAGGUCGCUGGUGUCCAAGGCCUCCGACCGCUCCCUCUCGAACAGCGCAAAGGCGGCCAAGUCUGACGAGUUCAUUGUCUACCUGAAGAAGACCACGAAGCCUCAGGAUGUAGAGAUCGGCAAGCUGCACAAGCUCCGAUUACUCCUUCGUAACGAGACUGUGGAGUGGGUGGACACCUUCAUACAAGAUGGCGGUAUGACUGCAUUGGUCGGACUCCUCCACCGCAUCAUGGAGAUUGAGUGGCGUGAGGAUCACGAGGACACGUUGCUCCAUGAGCUGCUUCGAUGUCUCAAGGGUUUGUGCACGACCGCUACAGCAUUAAAGCAACUCAAAGAAAUCUCCACAACACUGUACCCAGCGUUGCUGGCUAUGCUGUUUGACGAAGAGCACAAGGGUCCAAGCGAGUUCACUACGCGUGAACUCAUUAUUGAGAUCAUCUUUGCUCACAUCUCGACAGCGCCAGAGCCAGAGCUUGAGUCCCGUGCUACGGAGCUACUGAAGUACCUCAAGGACCCGGCCAAGGAGAAAGAAUCAUCAACCGUACCCUUCAUUCUGCAGAUGCACCAACCGCGCCCAUACCAAGUCUGGUGCAAAGAGAUGACCAACGUCACCAAAGAAGUCUUCUGGAUCUUCAUCCACCACCUCAACGUCAUCCCUGUCCCGGCCCAACCUUCUCUCGACAAAUCAUACGCAAAGACCCACUUCCCCGGCCAGCGUGCCAUCGUGCCCGCAGCACCCUACGUUGGCGGCGUGGAGUGGGAUGCCACAAACUACCUCGCCACCCAUAUUGACUUGUUGAAUGGCCUCAUCGCGUCCCUCCCCACCCAGCAGCAGCGCAACACACUCCGUCAGGAACUCAAAGUUUCUGGCUUCGAGAAGCUGAUGGGUCACCUGCGUGCCUGUAACGCGAAAUACUACGGCGCUGUACAUGACAGUGUGAGAGUGUGGAUUGGUGCCGCGCUGGUCGAUGACUGGGAUGUUAAGACUGUGAGAAUGGGAAGUGGAGACGGCAGGGGGAGCAUUAGUCCUGUGAAGCAGAGUCCGAAGAAGAAGGCGGAGAAGCCGCCGCAGAUUGGCCAGAUAGGGGUGCCAAAGAUGGACAUUGGACUGGGGUUGGGGCUCGGGUUCGACAAAGAGAUUGCUAUUGGCGGUGGAAAUGAGAAGAAGGAUGAUGAUUGGAUCUGA